AUGGCCGAGGCUGGCGGGGCCGGGGCCGGGGCAGGAGGCGGCGGGGCGGGGGGGCUGCAGCAGGGCUCCCCGGCCGCGGGGGGGCUGGCUGCCUGCGGACCGGCCCGCGCUGCCGCCGCCGAGAGCCCCGGGGGCGGCGGGGAGCCCGGCUCGGCCCGCGGCGCGGGGAGGAAGGCGCAGCUCCGCUCCGCUCCCCGGGCCAAGAAGCUGGAGAAACUGGGCGUCUACUCCGCCUGCAAGGCUGAGGAAUCUUGCAAAUGUAAUGGCUGGAAAAACCCUAACCCACCUCCUACUCCUCCCAGGGCAGAUUUGCAGCAGACAAUUGUCAGUCUUACUGAACCAUGUCGCAGCUGUAGUCAUGCACUAGCUGCUCAUGUUUCUCACUUGGAGAACGUGUCUGAAGAAGAAAUGAAUAGGCUGUUGGGGAUAGUGUUGGAUGUGGAAUAUCUCUUCACCUGUGUCCACAAAGAAGAAGAUGCAGAUACAAAACAAGUUUACUUCUACCUGUUCAAGCUUUUGCGGAAAUGCAUCUUACAGAUGGGAAAACCUGUGGUAGAAGGGUCUUUGGAAAGCCCCCCCUUCGAGAAGCCCAGUAUUGAACAGGGAGUGAAUAAUUUUGUACAGUACAAAUUUAGCCACCUACCAUCAAAGGAAAGGCAAACGAUAGUUGAACUGGCUAAAAUGUUUCUAAACCGCAUCAAUUACUGGCAUCUGGAGACACCUUUGCAGCGAAGAUUGAGAUCUCCUAAUGAAGACAUUGCUGGCUAUAAAGUGAACUAUACAAGGUGGCUGUGUUACUGCAAUGUUCCCCAGUUCUGUGACAGUCUACCUCGAUAUGAAACCACACAGGUUUUUGGGAGAACUCUGUUACGCUCUGUCUUUACUGUUAUGAGACGGCAACUCCUGGAGCAGGCUAGACAGGAAAAAGACAAGCUUCCUCAAGAGAAACGAACACUAAUCCUCACACACUUUCCAAAGUUUCUAUCCAUGCUAGAGGAAGAGGUAUAUAGUCAGAAUUCUCCUAUUUGGGAUCAGGAUUUCAUGGUUUCCUCUUCUCGAACUGGCCAGCUAGGAAUCCAAACAGUUAUCAGUCCUCCCCCUGUGGCAAGGUCUGUUUCGUAUAGUGCAAGUCCUUCAUCUCUAGAACAACCCAACAGCGGAAGUAUGAGUCCUGCUUGCAAAGUUUCUUCUUGCCAUGAUCCAGCUCUAGGAGAGAAGAGAAAGAACACUGAACCUUAUUCUCAGGAAGAUUCAAAAAGGCCCAGAGUUGUAGGAGAUAUUCCUAUUGAAUUGAUCAAUGAAGUGAUGUCAACAAUUACCGAUCCAGCUGCGAUGCUGGGGCCAGAGACUAACUUUCUGUCAGCACAUUCAGCCCGGGAUGAAGCAGCAAGACUAGAGGAGCGCCGGGGAGUGAUUGAAUUUCAUGUAGUUGGAAAUUCCCUGAACCAGAAGCCAAACAAAAAGAUUAUGAUGUGGCUAGUUGGCUUACAGAAUGUGUUUUCCCAUCAGCUACCCAGAAUGCCAAAGGAGUACAUUACACGCCUGGUCUUUGAUCCAAAACACAAGACCCUUGCGUUAAUAAAAGAUGGUCGUGUGAUUGGUGGUAUCUGUUUCCGGAUGUUCCCAUCUCAAGGAUUUACGGAGAUUGUUUUCUGUGCUGUGACUUCUAAUGAACAAGUCAAGGGUUAUGGAACUCACCUAAUGAAUCAUCUGAAAGAGUAUCACAUCAAACAUAACAUUCUCAACUUCCUCACGUAUGCAGACGAAUAUGCAAUUGGCUACUUCAAGAAACAAGGUUUCUCCAAAGAUAUUAAAGUACCAAAAGCAAAAUAUGUUGGCUAUAUCAAGGAUUAUGAAGGAGCCACUCUAAUGGGAUGUGAAUUAAAUCCAAGGAUUCCCUAUACUGAAUUUUCUGUCAUCAUUAAAAAACAAAAAGAGAUCAUUAAAAAGCUGAUCGAAAGGAAACAAGCGCAGAUUCGAAAAGUCUAUCCUGGCCUUUCCUGCUUCAAAGAUGGAGUACGACAGAUUCCUAUAGAAAGCAUUCCUGGAAUUAGAGAGACAGGCUGGAAACCAAGUGGAAAAGAGAGAGGUAAAGAACCCAAAGAUCCAGAUCAGCUUUACAGCACAUUAAAAACCAUCCUGCAGCAGGUGAAGAGCCAUCAAAGCGCUUGGCCCUUCAUGGAACCUGUGAAGAGAACAGAAGCUCCUGGAUAUUAUGAAGUUAUAAGGUUUCCCAUGGAUCUGAAAACCAUGAGUGAACGACUCAAGAAUAGGUACUACGUGUCUAAGAAAUUGUUCAUGGCAGACUUGCAGCGGGUCUUUACAAAUUGCAGAGAGUACAACCCCCCUGAGAGUGAAUACUACAAAUGUGCCAAUAUAUUGGAGAAAUUCUUCUACACAAAAAUUAAAGAAGCUGGAUUAAUUGACAAGUGACAGUUGUUUCUUUCAACGAAUCAGUAUGCCUAACUUAUAGGCACAGUAUGCUAUUCACCUUCAUGUAGAUUUGGGACUUAAUACAUGUAUGUUCAAAAAAAACUAUGUGUAUUUUAACUAGCACUUUUAAAAACCCUUUCAGUUUUGCAAACAUGUAUUAUACUGAAGUUACAGAAAAUGUUUAUUUUAUUAAAAUGAAGCUUUAUAAUGUAUUUAACAUUACUUUAAAACUUCUUUUGCAUACAUAUUUGCAGUAUGGUCAAGAAUAGGCUUUUUAUUGGAUAUCUCCAAAACUUUCAUAUGGGAAUUUGCACGUUUGGGGAUUUGGAAUCAGAAAUUCCCAUACAAUGAAUGUUUUAGUUUAUCUAAUGCAGUAUAUAUUUGAAGAAGUUUUAUUUUUUUUCCAGUAAAAACAAAACAUUAAGGGAAAAUUACAAUUUAAGAGGCACUGAAAUAUGUUUUGUCUCUACGUUUCAUUGUAGAGUCCUUUAUACAUAUAUAUAUAUAUAUUAUUUUUUAAAAGAAACAGUCAGCUAGUUGAGACACUAUGAGAGAAAAGCAACUUAUUCUGGAAAGGAAGUGCUUUGAAUCUUUAGGAAAAAAUCCUAUAUAGAUGCAAACUUUUCUAUGGAUUUUGUUUUUGAUAAAUAUCUACCUGCAAAUAACUUGUGAUUUCAUAACCACUAUUUAAAAAAAAUCAUAUUGACUUUGCUUAUGCAGGACAUAAGUUCCCCAAAUAACUCAAAAAUUGUGGUAGGCAUAUCCUAUAGUUACCUACUUUAGUACGGAUGUUUUUGAUGUACUUCAGUGAACCAUUCCAUUUCCUGGUCAUUUAAUUGAUACUUCUGUAGAGUUCUGGACACAGAUCAUGAAGACUGUUCCUUAAGUACAUACAAAAAUGUUACCAUAUCACAGCCUCUAGUUUAUGUAUUUGCCUAUGAGGUAAACUGGAUUUUCUACCAAGUUCUACUAUAAACAUUUUAUUAAUUAUGAUAUUUAGAAUAUUUAGACCCAGGAGUAUAUUUUAAAAAGUUACACAACUCAUGUUAAUACAUCAUUAGGUAUCAAAUCAAGUACUUCUGUGUAUUACUGCUUACACUACAUAUAAGAGGUACUCUUACCUUUCUAAUAGAGAGAGAG